UUUUUUUUUUCCAACUACAAAGGUAAACCUUGCAGAGUAGGCAAGGCGGGUUGUAUGACGUGUGAGUUCCGGCACCUUUUUUUUUUUUUUUUUUUUACAAAACAAGCAUUGCUCCACAGCAAUUCUAAGCAGGCAAAGCAACCUAUUAAAUAUUAUUUGGAAGUUUAGGCAAUUUUCACGCCCUUAAACAAAAGAUGAUUUCUAUAGUUUGAUGCUGUAUAAUGUUUGAAUGUAUGCAAAUUGCUGCUGUGCAUAUUUUUUAUAUAUGCAAUAUUUGAAAAAAUCUGUCACAAUGGGUAUAUAGCUGUCUGAUUCUAUCUAGUCAAUAUCGGGGCAGGAAACAAAGACUAGGAAUCAUUGUCUGGGUGCCAGAAAGUUCCUGUCUGAAUACAGACAGGCAAUUUCUGUCCUUGGAUCUUCAAAGCCAGCCUACUGACAAUUUAAAAACAGAAUUAUUCAGAACCUUCAAAUAAAGAAAUAUAAAGAUAUACAUUUACAAAAAAAAAGAUUUUAAAACGAACACCACUUUUUUUAUUUUUAAUAGGAAAAGUACAAAUUCAGUUUCUUGUAAUGCAAAAAUCAAUUUAAAAAACCCCAAGCCCAUAAACUCGUCCAGUAAAUGUUUUAGGAUUCUAGUGGGGAAAAAAAUAGAAACAAAAAAUAAUAGUGAGUUAAAACACUAAUGAACAUACUAGACCCUUGCCAGGGGACUUUAGUUAGUAGGGGUUGUAGACAAAUGUCGAUGAAGGAGAUGUUUGCAAUCUCAAUACAAUUGUUAAGGGAUAUCAGUUUAUAUUUCCUAUUUUUUCUGUUGAUAUUUUUUGCUUCUGACACUCAGGACACUUUUGCCUACGUGUUUCCAGACUGUCUUAGUAGGGAUAUUUUCCUAUUAGACAACUCAUCUCCAUGCAUUAUUAAGAAAAUUUAAAUUAUGAAACAGGAACAGAAUGUACCUCCUGUUUCAAUGACUAUAAUAAUAAGAGUCCAUGUGCUUGUUAAAAAGGAGGAACAUUAGUCACUGAUUCUUGCUAAGGUGUACAGUAAGAAAUAUUUGAAUAUAUUAAGGUCCUUUUGUACUGAGUGACAAGCGAAAGUACAAACAGAAUUAUUGACACAUAAACCAUUUGUUUCUUUUCCCACCCUUAGGUUUGGCUCUUGUAUUUGAAAUUUUGAUAGACUUACUUUGCUAAAUCUGUAAAGCAAAUAUAAGCAAAUAAAUUAUUAUAUAUUCUUUCUGGUUAUGUUCCCGUGCUUGGAGCACUGAAUGUGUUAAGGGCCCCAAUUUCUGGCUAUAUUGCUAACUCGCCAAAUAUUUGCUCUUGUUUAUGUUGAAUUUGGAAGCUUUUCAUAUUUUUACUGUUUUACCAUUUUUGUUGUUUUAAUAUAUAUUUUUUAAUUUUUAAUCGGAAUGUAUUUUCUGAACUGUAAGCCACCCAGAAUCACUGACUGAGAUAAGAGGUCAUAAGAACUGAACAAACAAACGAACAAACAAACAGAAUCACUGACUGAGAUAAGGGGUCAUAACAAACAAACAAACAAGAUGGUUGCAGUCUCAGGAAAUCCUGGCACUAUACCCAAGCAUUUUCAAUUUUUUAAAAAAGGACCUGCUUUUGAUGUUCUACUUUUGGUGCUUUCUACUGAAUAUGUACUAAACUUCAUAAUACCAGAUUAAAUAUGCAGUGCAUGUAGGAAUCUAUAAUAUUUAGUUUAUAUAAUUACAAACUUCCAGGUUGCCCAGCAUGCUGUUUCAUAAUGCAAUUUAGUCAAAUUGUUGCAGAUUCAAAAUGCAAAUGUAAUGUAUUUUCUGAACUGUAAGCCACCCAGAAUCACUGACUGAGAUAAGAGGUCACAAGAACUGAACAAACAAACGAAGAAACAAAGAAGAUAGUUGCAGUCUCAGGAGAUCCUGGCACUAUUCCCAAGCAUUUUCAAUUAAAAAAAAAAAGGACCUGCUUUUGAUGUUCCGCUUUUGGUGCCAUCUACUGAAUAUGUACUAAACUUCAUAAUACCAGAUUAAAUAUGCAGUGCAUGUAGGAAUCUAUAAUAUUUAGUUUAUAUAAUUACAAAUUUCCAGCUUGCCCAGCAUGCUGUUUCAUAAUGCAAUUUAGUCAAACUGUUGUGGAUUCAAAAUGCAAAUGUUGCGUAAACAGACAUGGGUCUUGAAGUGGUUCAUUAUAAAUAUCUGCACUUCCUCAGUUGAAGGCAUCUCAUUCACUGGCAGCCUCAGAUUACGGUACCACCUCUGAAGUCAAGGAAGCAUUGGGCUACCUUUGCUUUGGCAUCAAGACUGAAUACAGUAAAGAGGUACUAUUAGCUCCACCAUGACAUCCUUUGUUGAGUGUAGUUACAGAUUUGCUGUAGACCUUUUGCAAAAGCAAAUGGAGGAGAACUCUGAGAGAAAUAUCAUUUCAUGCCCAUUGGGUUUGGAGCUGGGACUGGCCACAGUCCUCCUUGGUUGCAAAGGAACCACUGCUGAUCAAAUAAGACAGGUUCUUCACGUUUCGCAUUGGACAGGACCUGAGACCUCUACAGAUAUCCCUCUUUUGGGGAGUCGCUGUGAUAAACCUGGAGGAAUUCAUAAGCAGUUCCAGCAACUCCUGUCAACCAUUCAUCACCUUUCCAAAAGCUAUGAGCUGAACAUAGUCAACCGGCUAUAUGGAUCAAACAUUUGUGAUUUCAAGGAGGACUACAUAGGUUGCCUUAAAGAGAUAUACAAUUCGGGAUUGGAAAGCGCUGACUUUAUGAAUGCAACUGAGAAAGUUAGAGAGAAAAUUAAUUCCUGGGUUGAAAGCCGAACCAAUGGUGCAAUCAAGAAUUUCUAUCCCGCUAACUCCAUUGACCCAUCAUCUCUCCUGGUAUUAGUAAAUGCUGUCAAUUUCAAAGGAAUGUGGAGGACACAGUUUAAUCCAAAGGAUACACACAGAGCAGUCUUUUGGACUGGCAAGGGUCGGAGCAUUUAUGUGGAAAUGAUGACUCGAGAGGGCAAUUUUAACAUAGCUAAUAUAACGAAUCCAUCAGCGAAAGUGCUGAAGCUUCCUUGUGAAAAUGAAGAGCUAAGUUUGUUCCUUAUUCUGCCAGGACCUAAGGAAAAUAUAGAUGAGAUUACAAAGAAGCUCACUUAUAAAACACUUCAAGAAUGGACUUCUUCAGAAAAUAUGAGAGAGAUAAGAAUUAAACUUUGCUUGCCAAAGUUCAGUGUGGAAGAUACAUAUUCAAUGAAACCAAUCUUGAUGGGAAUGGGAGUGAAUGACAUGUUUAUGCCAGGCAAAGCCAAUUUAUCUUUCAUAUCUCGGAAGCCUAACUUGUUUGUGUCUGAUUUUAAGUUUAAAGGUUGCAUUAAAAUCAGUGAAGAUGGUGUACAUGCAGCUGCUGCCUCUCGUGCAGAGAUAGUUCGUGGGAGUAAUGCUGAGGUUAACUUUAAUAAUCCUUUCAUUGGCAUUCUGAGACAUAACUCCACUGGCAUCAUCCUUUUAAUCAUCAGGAUUUGUGUGCCAGAGUGAGCAGGUGCUGCCAUAAUAACAAAUAUCUUUCCAGGUGUGGUGAGCAGUGGAGCUUUCUCUGUUCUGAAUUCUAUUUCAUCUUAGAUAGUAUCUUGUCUAAACUUACAAGUGAUCAAAAUCAAUUUCAUAUUUGCCUACCUGGGUAAAAGCUUUUACUUUGUGAGUUUCUCUGCAAUUCCUCUCCAAUGCAAAAGUGAUGUAUCCAUAAUAAACUUUCUUAUGCUGUG